AUGCCAUCACCAGAUGCCUUGAUUGAUCAGAGAAGAUCAUUGAAUAUGAAGUUGGUACUGGCACUUACUAUAUUAGUUCUUGAUAAUUGCCGUUACUCAUUACAGCAAGGCAACGGUGACCAAAAUGGCGACAAAAGGGUCAACAUCUUAAGUUUCCAUCGUGGGAUCUGGAUAGUUCCCUCUGACAGAGUCUUCGCGAGAUUUAACUUCUCGGAUUACAAUGGCUCUGUGUCAGCGUUGAGCGUUUGCUACAGGAUAAGACUAGAAAAAUUCGUGGAUCUAAACGUUCACCUUUCAUAUUCCGUUUCUCAGGAUAACUUCGAUAUAUUAGGGUUCUCUAACGCCGAGAAUCAGUUCAUGACUUGGUUCUACGGACAGCCUCUCACCGAUGGCCUCCCGCCAAACUGGGCUGUUGCCCCUGAGACGUGGAACCACCUGUGUCACAUCUUCGAGCAAGAAAGUUAUAGAAUUUACUGGAAUGGCAAACUGUACUAUUCAACGUCCCUAGAUUUCUCUUGGUCAUUUCCUUUCAAUGGAUCGCUCGUGUUGGGGCAAGAACAAGAUGUCCUGGGAGGUGGCUUCGAUUCCACCCAAAUCCUGAUGGGUGACUUGGCACAAGUAUCCUUCUGGGACAGAGCUCUUCCCGAGUCAGAAGUUGAGAGUCUUGCCUCAUGCAGAAGCCCAGGACGCGGUAACAGCUUUAGUUCGGACACUGCCCAGAUGGAGCUCACUGGAGUGGUUGAGACGUCGACCAAUCUGAGUCAGCUGUGCAGGAGUACAUCACACUUUUAUCUAAUGCUCCCCGAAAUGAGAAGUUUCAAAGAUACCAUAUCUAUCUGUAGAGUCCUAAAUUCCACUGUAGUUGCACCAAGAUCUGCCAUGGAAAACGAGCGCUUGACCCAGGAAAUGGUUCCCUUCCAUGACGUUUGUUUCCCUUCAACUACAUGGAAGAUAUGGCUUGGAUUCACUGACGAGCUUGAAGAGGAUGUAUGGAGAGAUGUGGCAACACAGCAGCCUACAUCCUACAAAAAUUUUGGCCCAAACUUUCCUCAUGGUGGAAGAAUAUAUAACUGCGUCUGUCUGAUGACUGAUGGCCACUGGAUAGACACUGAAUGCAAAAACACAAACAGGAGGUGCACUGCCUGUCAACUGGACAGAUCGGAUUUUCUCCGUUUGAGGGGCCUUUGCUAUGACAGCGAGCACGAAACCCGUUUCAGAGCGAGUGGAUACAUCCAUGGCAGGCCGUUCUUCUAUGGUUACUACAAUAUGCUCAUAGUCUGGGAUCCUGACAGAAAUGCUUGGGAGCUGAAAAAUGUGUCUAAAAAUAAAACCAUUCUGUCUAUUUCUACUACUGCCCUCAACUCUUACCCAUUUGGUAAACACGCUUGGACAGUAAAUACAGAAGUUUGUGGUCAAGCUCCUGGCAAGUCAAUGAUUCUGUCUUUAUCACCUUGUAACCGAAAACAGUUCAUGUGUCGUUCGGGGGAUUGCAUACUGCAUACAAGCCGUUGCAAUCUUCGUUAUGACUGUGAAGAUGGAACUGAUGAAGUGGACUGCAAUCGAAUCAUAGUAAGUGAUGAAUACCAGAAUCAACUUCCUCCAGUUGGUCCUGGAGGAAAAGCCUUGCAACUUCGGUUAGAGUUGCUCAUAACUCGAAUUGCCUCUAUAGAUGAACUCAGUAUGGCCAUCACCCUUGAAUUCGGGCUGACACUGAGUUGGAUUGAUGAACGGAUCACCAUCAAGCACCUGAAGUCAUCUAGUGGUGGAACCAUAUUAACAACAGAGGAUAAGAACAAAGUUUGGAAACCAACUUACAAAUUUGUUAAUCUGCAAGGUGGAAAGGUUCAACUUUUGGAGGAAAACAUGAAGGUACUCACAGCCAAUGAUCCUGAGUUGCCUAACUUCAAUAAUCAGGACAUGGACAUUGCCUUCCCAGGUGAGAACAACAGUCUCUCUCUGGUGCAGCACUACAUAGUCACCAUCACGUGCGACCUGCAUUUCCUCCGAUACCCUUUCGAUAACCAAGUCUCUAGUGUUAAUAUCCAGCUCCCAUUUACAUAUAACAACUACGUGCAGUUUGACCCCACCAACAGCGUGGUAGCUUACAGUGGCCCUGCGGACCUCCCACUGUACACCGUCAAGAGAUUCAGCACAGGCACAACCACAACUACGAAUCGGAUGGUAUUUGCGUUCGAACUGGUUCUCUAUACUCUCUUCGCCAAUCAGACGAGCUCGCUGCCAAAGACCUCGGAGGUGAAGCUCGUCGACCUGUGGUUUUUCUUCAUCAUCUUCCUCCUCUUCGGCAACGUCAUGAUGCACAUCUUCGUCAGGAAGAACAGACUGGGGCAGCUGAGAGACGUCGAAGUCACUCAGAUAUCGCCAGCACUCGGUGAGGAAACUUCCAAGGGAUUUAGUCUGACUACUAUCUUCCAGUGGAUCCCAUACAAGUUCUUGCUCGUCUACAGAAAUGUUAUCGUCCCUUCUUUAAUUGUCAUGUUCAUCGUCAUUUUCUGGGUCACUCUGUAUGCUCUUAAAGUAUAUGAUGGGUAAGCUCAUGUUAGGAGUGAAAAAUGCGACCUGCUAUCAGGUGAGUUACCGUAAAAUCAUCCACUUAUUUCAAAUAAUUGUUUUAUCACCCGAGCCACAUGAGGCAUUCCUAUGGAUUCUCAUUACAUUCUCACGCUGUGGGAAUCCACGUAAAAAGGCAAACCAUAAUUGGACAACAAAUUUUAUAACAGGGAAGAAGAAAGAAGUGGGUGAUUGUGGUAUUAUAUAACUCACAGUAAAGUAUUCGUAGGAUUCCUUCUUAUUGUCAUAAGUGUUGCGGAAUAGUUCUAGCAACCCCUUACAUACACG